GACAUGGCCGUGGCCGUCACCACUAAGACGGCAUGGAAGCUGCAAGAGAUCACGGCUCACAGCACCAAUGUGUCCUCACUAGUCCUGGGGAAAAGUUCGGGCCGGCUGCUGGCAACUGGAGGAGAUGACUGUCGGGUCAACGUAUGGUCAGUUAACAAGCCCAACUGCAUCAUGAGCUUGACAGGCCAUACAACACCCAUUGAGAGCCUACAGAUCAAUACGAAUGAGGAACUCAUUGUUGCAGGGUCCCAGUCAGGGUCCAUUCGAGUUUGGGACCUGGAAGCUGCCAAAAUUCUUCGUACCUUACUCGGUCACAAAGCGAAUAUCUGCAGCCUUGAUUUCCAUCCUUUUGGAAGCUUUGUGGCAUCUGGCUCUUUGGACACAAACAUUAAGCUCUGGGAUGUAAGAAGAAAAGGCUGUGUCUUCAGGUACAAGGGCCACACAGAAGCAGUUCGAUGUCUCCGCUUUAGUCCUGAUGGGAAAUGGUUAGCCUCUGCUGCUGAUGAUCACACUGUAAAGCUGUGGGAUCUGGCUGCUGGGAAGAUAAUGUUUGAGUUUACAGGACAUACCGGCCCAGUAAAUGUUGUUGAAUUCCAUCCCAAUGAAUACCUUUUGGCUUCUGGCAGUUUUGACAGGACUGUUCGGUUCUGGGACUUGGAGAAGUUUCAGGUUGUGAGCUGUAUUGAAGAAGAGGCUACUCCUGUCAGGUGUCUGCUCUUCAACCCAGAUGGCUGCUGCUUGUAUAGUGGCUUCCAGGAUUCACUGCGUGUGUAUGGCUGGGAGCCAGAGCGCUGUUUUGAUGUAGUCUUGGUGAACUGGGGAAAAGUUGCCGACUUAUCUAUCUGCAAUAACCAGCUGAUAGGAGUUUCCUUUGCGCAAAGCACAGUCUCCUCCUUCGUUGUGGAUCUCAGCAGAGUCACAAAGUCGGGUUCCAUUCCUCAUGGGCUGAUGAGGGAUGAUGAGCCUCUCGUGCCACCUACCCCCACAGGGUCCUCCCUUCGCCGCAUCUAUGACAGGCCCUCAACUAGCUGCAGCAAGCCCCAAAGCAGAGUGAAGCACAACUCGGAGAGCGAGAGGCGCAGUCCCAGCAGUGAAGAUGACCGUGAUGAGAAGGAAUCAAAGGCUGAGAUUCAGAACCCGGAGGAUUACAAAGAGAUCUUCCAGCCCAAGAACGCUAUCUGUCGAACUCCUCCUCGAAACAAUGAGCCCUUUCCUGCCCCUCUGGAGGAUGAGCCUGUAACUGCAAAGGAAGCAGUGAAGCCCAGCCAAGCUGUGGAUGUCCAGACCCCGUUGCCAAAGCAAGAACUUCCUGAUCCAGUUCAGAGGCCACCAAUUGCCUCCUCAACUCCCUUGCACAGAACAGAGCCAUCAGUGAUUCCUGCAGCCAGGAAUGAGCCCAUCGGCCUGAAGGUUUCUGACUUUCUACCAGCUGUGAAAAACCAAAGCCAGACUGAGCUCGUGGACGAGGAAGCCAUGUCCCAGAUCAGGAAAGGCCACGAGACCAUGUGUGUGGUACUCACCAGCCGCCACAAGAAUCUGGACACCGUGCGGGCUGUAUGGAGCACCAGUGACAUCAAGAACUCUGUGGACUCUGCAGUGGCGAUCAACGAUCUGUCUGUUGUUGUGGACCUCUUGAAUAUUGUCAACCAAAAAGCGUCUCUCUGGAAGCUGGAUUUGUGUACUAUAGUCCUGCCGCAGAUAGAGAAACUACUCCAAAGUAAAUACGAAAGUUACGUGCAGACUGGCUGCACCUCUCUGAAACUCAUUCUCCAGAGAUUCCUGCCACUGAUCACAGAUAUCCUCGCUGCACCACCUUCUGUCGGAGUGGACAUCACCAGAGAGGAAAGGCUCCAUAAAUGUAAGCUGUGCUACAAGCAGCUGAAAAACAUCAGCAACAUUGUCAAGAACAAGUCUGGGCUCAGCGGCCGCCAUGGUAGUGCCUUUCGGGAACUGCAUCUCCUCAUGGCUGUCCUGGAGUGAUAGCCGCCACCUCCUCACAUGCAAACACAGGUGGCCAAGCUCCCUUCUGCUCUUGGGCUGGCUGGAUUUCACCUCUCUCCGUGUGUCCAUCUUCCCCCCCCUCCCCCAGCACGGUAGGGAAGUGCAAUCUCCCGG